AGUCGGCCUGGAUCGAAUGGCUCCAGUCCCAAAUUAGUGUCGCACCGCACGUGAUGCGUGCACGACCCGUGUGCGACGGCGCUGGUCACCGUGCGUCUCCCUCGCUCGUCGUCUUGCAUCCACCGCCGCCAACGACACCCCCAGAGCCCGCUGCUCUCUGUCCAGCUCUGCUCCGCCCGUCCUGCCUGUCUGCUGUGCAGCUAUGACCUACCAGAAAUACGUCUUUGUCGGGGACGAGCAGUCGGGAAAGUCGGCGCUGAUCCAGCGGUACCUCAAGGAUAUCUUUGACGAGGUUCAUGUACCCACAGUCAGCGACUCGUUUUUCGACUCGGAUGGAUCCGAGAUGUGUGAUACCUCGGGCUCGGCAGAGUUUGACCGUCUGCGCCCGUUUUCGUAUGACCGGGUCAGCGCCUGGGUGGUGUGCUAUGCUGUCGACAACCAUAUGUCGCUCCAGACCGUCCAGGAGAAGUGGGUUCCCGAAAUCCGAUACUUUGCCCCCACCAUUCCGCUCAUUCUGGUCGCUUGCAAGGCGGACCUGCGGGACUCGCCCGAGGUGGCUGCGUCGCUGGCCAAGCUGAACCAGAAGCUUAUUUCGACCCAGGAGGGCGUCAAGGUCGCCAAGGACAUCAAAGCCUUCAAGUUUGUGGAAUGCUCCGCCAAAACCGGCCAUGGGAUCCACGUAGUCUUUGACAACCUGGCCACUGACUACAGUCAAUUCGAGCUUAUGGACCUGGACGAGGCUGCCACGCCUCUGUCGCCGACUGGCCAGUCGCCAUUCUCCUCCAAGGCCGGCGGUGUGCAGACUGGGGGGACGCCGUACGAUGCCAAGCUCACGGGUCGAAAGAAAAUGAAUCGCAUCAGCAAGCAGCUGGAGAUUCGCCGGUCGACCUCCUCGGUUCUUGAGGCACAUUCGCGCCGACAGAGCACUCUUGCCUCGAGCAUCACAUCGUACUCGGAUGACGACGACGACGACGAUGAGGGCUCCUAUACCGAUCGCUCGUAUACCGACGACGGUAACUCGGCGGAUCAGCAGUCGGUCUACUCGGGCUCGAUCCAUCCCUCGGAGCUGGAGUCGGGCCAUCCGUCAAUGCCCAGGGGCAAGGCCCGAGGCCCACGACCCGUCAGCCGCAACUCGUCCUUUACGUCCCACAGUCGCUACUCGCAGUACUCAGUUCACGAAGAGAUCAAGGAGGCUGAGGAGGAAGAAGACGAGGACAUGGAUACGGCGCAGGUUCCCGAUGAGGAGGACGCUGCCACACAUCUGCUGCAUGACGAAGCGGCUGUGCCGGCUGUGCCAGCGCCCGCGGCUGCCGACGACAAGCCGAGCGAUGCCGUGCCCCUCACCGAGUCGGCGAUCAGCCCCGAGCCGCCUGCCUUCCAGCCCACCAAGGAGACCAGCCGCGCGCACGAGGGCGGCGUCAAUUCGUUCGACAGUACGCAUUCACGCAUCCGCUUGACGGCGACAAGAAGUACAACCUGGAACCGGAGUGGCCUGCGGACCAAGUCCAGGUCCCUGUCGGGGGCGUAAACCUGACACAGCCGCCACCUCCACCACAGGGCGGCGGAUGCUGCACCAUUCUUUAGUCUUAGUUUUAGUUUUAGUUUUAGUUUUAGUUUUAGUUUUAGUUCUUGUUGUGUGGGUGGGAGCG